AUGAUGGGGUCUCAGCAGAGCUUUGGAGACUUCGCGAACAGCCUGUCAUUCUAUGGAGGCACGCAGCAGCAGGAGAAGAAGGGCUACGCAAUGGUGUCAUUGGAUGGGGCCCCAUUGCGUAGCCCCUCAGCAGGGGGGAAGCCUGUUGUACCGGGGUUCCUCGGCAACAUCUUAGGCACGAAGGCUGGAGUCGCCGCCCCCAGUGAGGUGCCCGCAGGUGGUGGACUCUGGGGAAUUCCGGGGAGGGUUCCAAGUGGAUCGAUGAAGGCUCCGCCGCGCUCACAGGAACCAAACGGCCUCCUACAGUCCGGCUUGUCCGCAGUGAAAGAUGGAGCAUCUCGCAUGCUGGAUGGCGCAAGCUCAGUGGUCAAUGCGACCCGAGCCACUAUUGCAGACAACCCAUUGUCUUCGCAGAAUAUGUUAAUGUUCGGAGUUGUGGCGGCCGUCGGCGUGCUGUUUAUGUUCCUAGCCUUCCUCACCCUCCCCCUGCUCGUCUUCGCCCCCUCCAAGUUUGCUCUGCUUUUCACAAUGGGGUCUCUUUGCUUCCUUUCUGCCUUGGCUCUCUUAAGGGGUGUCGUUGCCCUCUUUCGACACCUUGUCGAGCCCACGAGGCUUCCGUUCACUGCGGUUUACUUUUCGUCGUUGUUCCUAACGCUAUAUGCCACCUUAAUGGUCAAGUCGUAUGUACUCACCCUUGUUUUUUCGGUCUUGCAGUUGUGCGGCUUGACUUCUUUCCUGGUGUCAUAUAUCCCAGGCGGUUCUCACAUGCUGAAGUUCAUGGGACAAGCCGCGUGGCAAGUCCUGCGGAAGGCAUUCAAGUGCGGGGGAUCUCGAGACCUGCAGCUACCCAUUUAA